AGUGCGGAGAGAACACUUUGACCACGUAGUUCCUGUCAGCUGCGGUAAAGCAUCGGGGUUUGUAAAAAAAAUAGCGAUAAAAAAACACAAAUUCGUGGCCGCCAAAUUGUCGCAAGGCGUCGUUAAAAAAAUGGCGAGGUACCUGAGGCCGCCUAACACAUCUCUCUUCGUUAGAAACAUCGCCGACGAGUCCAGGCCAGAGGAUUUACGACGUGAGUUUGGUCGUUAUGGGCCUAUUGUAGAUGUCUACAUUCCACUUGACUUCUAUACACGGCGGACAAGAGGAUUUGCUUACAUUCAGUUUGAAGAUGUACGGGAUGCAGAGGACGCUCUUCACAACCUGGACCGCAAAUGGGUUUGUGGGCGUCAGAUCGAGAUCCAGUUUGCCCAAGGAGACAGAAAGACUCCUAACCAGAUGAAAACCAAGGAGCGCCACUCCCCCCGAAGUUUCUCCCGCUACGAUGAUGACCGGGAUCGGGAUAGGGACAGCCGCCGAAGACGGUCCCGGAGCCGUAGCUACGAUCGACACAGGUCCCGAAGCCCCUCCUAUGAGCGCCGUCCUCGGAGGUCGGAGAGCCCCAGAGACUCUCGGUCCUACAGUCGACAUAGACGGAGCAGAAGCCACGAAAAUGAAAAGUACAGAGGUCCUCCCCGUGAGCACCAGAGAACACACCAUGAACCAGGCUCACGUAGCCGUUCUGCAUCUCACUCCCCUUCAGCCUCCAGAGCCAGGCCCAAAGGUAAAAAGAGCCAAUCCAGGUCCCACAGCCCGGCUGAAGACUUCCACCCAACCUCCAGCUCCCAGAAACAGUCUGUGGGACGUUCUCCAUCCCGCUCCUACUCUAGAUCCAUGUCCCGGUCACGCUCUCGCUCCAGGUCCUGGGCUGGACGCAAGUCUGGAGGCCACUGACCUCGCAAGCCCUGAUAAUCUGUCUUUGAUGUUUUUGUUUAGCUUUCAACUAUAACUGGAGUGUUAUGCUCGUUUGCAUUUGUUUAUCAUUAUGUAAUGGAGGAGUCUGUUGCCAAAGGAAAGAGAGCAGCAGGAGCUCAUAUUUUUUUAGCAUCGUGAAAAGUUUUUUUUUUUUUUUGAAGUGAUUGAUGAAAGCACAGUAGAUUCUGGAUGAGUUUGGGCAAAUAUUUUGUACUUGUAAUGUCGGUAGGUGGAAAAUGAUACGGUUUGGCGUUGCCAAUAUUUUUGUACUUUGCGUUAGCAAUAUUCACAUCCGUUCAUACCGUUGUUGAAAUGCCUCUCUAUUUGGUUCCAUUGUUUGUGUAUUAUGUAAACAUGAAUAAAAAGUAUAACUUCAGGCCCUGACGUACCAGUGUUUAUCAAGUAUGUUAGUGUCAAUGCCAGGUUUGUGGCAUUUGUAAUUAUACAGCAGGCAAACUGUCUAUUAUAGUAGCUGUUAAUUACUGUGGACAUGAAAUGCCAUUGCCACCUAAUACUUUGUCCAGAAUUUCAUGUGAAAAUAUGUUUGAGAUGAGCUGCAUUCAUAUUAAUGUCCUUCGUUCAGUCACUGAACAGUCAGUUGAAUAUUUUAAGUGUUCCUUCAUACUGCUACCCUAGUUUUAUGGUUUUACUUCUUUAUCAAUAAAUGAAUAAAUUCUC